AUGAGCCACGAUGAAAACGAACUGGGCAGUCACAAUGGCCCAAAUACAGACGGCAUAGACCCUUCCAUCAAAGUGAUCUCUGUUCAGGGUGACCUGAUCAUCGAGUACAUUGCUCCUGGUGACUCCACGUCAACAAACCGGAGAUGGCAGGUGGCAAGCGAGCUUCUCAGCUCCAAUAGUCCAUAUUUUCAUGCCCUGCUGGAUCCUACGAAAUUCUUCGAAGGAAGACAAUUCAAUGCUCAAAAGCAAGCAUGGUACGAAACCCAAGGAUCAAACUCUGCCUCACAGCAGAUGUUACCCACAGUGAGACUCCCCGGGGGCAUGUUGACUAGCAUAUGCGGGGAAGACGCUAUCGAGCUUUUCUUGCAAAUAUUAUGUGUGAACUGUCUAAACGAGGAAGACACUGCGUCGUUUGAACAUGAGUUGAAGUCCCUGUCUACAUCACUUGUUGCGAGGUUGAUUGAUCUUGCCGACUCAUUCAAUUCUCCACGUAUUGUCCAAGAUAUACUGCGACAAGUUGGAUACUCAUAUGGCAAGACGAAACCUUCACUCAUUGCCAAGCUUAGCGUUUCUUCGUUACAGAUGAAGGAAGAUCGGAUUCGGCAGAUCAUUUUGAUAUCUGCCUUCCUCAAUGACUUAAGUGUGACCAAAAUCAUGAGCCACGCUUUGUUGGUCAUUGGAUCCAGAUUCUGGAUCAAUGGACUAGAGUAUCCGGACGAAGAAACUUUACGCUGGCGUUAUCUACCAAACGGUCUAGAAGAGGAAAUCUACUAUAGACGCCAAUGCGUUUUGAACACCAUAACCGACCUCCAAGCCUAUUUCCUACGAGUCUAUGGAGGUCUCGAAGAUUCUGACGGCGCAAAAGCAGCACCCAACACGAGAACACCAGGCGCAGCAUUCACAACAUCCGCACCGCUAACCGUCCACCUGCGUCAAUUCCAAUGCCGAGGCGGAUUAAAUAACGCCAGUCAAUGCGAUCUCUUUCAAUUGGGCCAAAUGACCCGAUUCUUCUCACUGCGCGCCAAGACCAUCUUCCUAGGCUCGACCCUGAUAGACCCCGACUUCAGCGCAACCCCCAACGAAGAUGGUCAUGUCGUUGAUCAAGAGAGAAAUGGCCACUCCUCGAGUAAGCCUCCUGCAAGUCCACCGUCUGAUAUAACCGCCAUCAUCGCCUCUCUCAAACAAUACCCCGAUUACCCCAUCGAUGAAGCACAUUCUGGCUGCGGUGUCCGGCGCCGAAUCAUGGCUCCGUUGGAAUGCAUUGAGAAAUUCGUCUGGGAUGAUCGCGGUCUGCUCGGUAUUAUGUUACCAGUCUUGGAUCCUCUUGUGUCAGAUAUCUCACAUCCAGCGAGGUGGAUACCAUGGGCUGAUCUGGUGAACAAGAAGCAAACAGUCGAGAUUUCCUUCGCGAGGGUUACUGCAGUGCAUUACCCAUCAAUUCCACAGAAGAAUCAACUGAACCGCUCUACGCCGCAAGAAGAGGUGGGCCGGUUAUUGUUCACAGCAGCUAAGCGAGAUUGGACUGCGAGUUCGGGGUGA